UCACACAGAGAGGCACCAUCACAUAUUCACAUGACUAUGAUUCUUGUGUUUGUUGCCUUCAACCACUGAAAUUUAAUUUCCUUUAUUUGCUCUUUCUUUCUCUCCUAAGUUUGUUUUGUCACCACCAAAUGACUAUUCAGAAGAAACAUGAUGCUGCUGCAGAAACUCUUUCAUGCAAACGAACACUUUCACUUCCACUUCACGGGUUUGAUGAUUCAAUGGGGUUGAAUGAAGAAACCACAGAUGUUCAUGAUUGGAAAGAACAGAAUCUUGUGGCGGAUAUAGCAUCAUCAAGAACAUGUUCAUCAUCAGAAGAGGCAAAAUCUCAGGAUUAUGUAGCCAUAAAGAUGCCAUUGACACCAAGUCCAACUCCAACUCAUAAGAGAGUCAAUUUUCUUGUGACUUCUCGUUCUGUUGAUGCCCCAAUAAAUACUACUUCUUCUUCUUCUUCAUCAUCUUCUUCAGGACCCUCAUCUAGAACUAAAUCAUCAUCAUCAUCAUCAUCAUCAUCAUCCAUAAGAAACAUAUUGCCAAAAUUCACCUUAAGGAAUCAUAGGACACCGAAUUCGGAUAUCGAAAAGGCUAAUAUUUUAGCUCCAGAAUGUUCCUCUUUAGAUCAUCAUCAAGAGAAAGACAAGUCUUCUUCAAUCUCAAGAUCGGUGUCCCUCACUAAGAUGUUCACAACUAAGAUCAAGAGAACUUCAUCAUUACCUGUAGAAGAAUUGGGUCAUGCAAACACAGAUUCUGUUCAGGCUGCAAUUCUUGGUGGUUCUCCAUGUAGGGUAGAGACUCAGGGGAUGAUAGCUCGGUCUCGUUCAGUACCUAUCAAUACCAAAGAAAAAGGCCAUAGGAGAAUGGAUUCAUUCUUCCGUGUUGUUCCUUCCACUCCUCUAUUAAAAGAAGGGAAUGAUUGGUUAACCAAGUACACAACAAAAGAUACUGAAAAUGGAGAUGAUGAUGAUGAUGAUGAUGAUGGAGAAGAUAUAGCUGAAGAAGAAGCUGUGUGCAGAAUAUGUCUGAUUGAUCUGUGUGAAGGAGGGGAGACACUGAAGAUGGAAUGCAGCUGCAAAGGUGAACUUGCUCUUGCUCACAAAGACUGUGCCAUUAAAUGGUUCACUAUCAAGGGCAACAAGACCUGUGAUGUUUGUAAGGAGGAGGUUAGGAACCUUUCUGUCACCCUCUUACGCAUUCGAAAUGUUCAAACUCAGAAUAAUCCUGGAGCAAGCUCUCAGCACCAUGAUGAUUACAGGUUUUGGCAGGAACUGCCAGUGCUUGUGAUUGUGAGCAUGCUUGCCUAUUUCUGUUUCCUUGAACAGUUAUUGGUUGGUGAAAUGGGGCACAAUGCAAUUUCCAUAUCUCUUCCAUUUUCUUGUGUAUUAGGCCUACUGUCUGCCAUGACAUCAACCACCAUGGUGAAGAGCAAGUUCACAUGGGUUUAUGCAUCUGUCCAAUUAGUUCUGGUGGCUCUCUUUGCACACAUAUUUUACUCCCUGAAUGGUCAAUUUCAGGUUACCAAGAGAGCAAUUCUGUCAAUAAUUCUUGCAACAUUUGCUGGGUUUAGUGUGGUGAUGAGUGGAAGUUCAAUUAUUGGUGAGAUUCUUAGAUGGAGGAGAACUUGGCAGCAACAACAACAACAACAACAAAGUGGAGGAGUGCAAAAUCAACACAACUCAAAUCACACCUGAAACUGAAACUCCCAUGUGGCUUCUUUCAUAGUGUUGAUUCUUUUUUAUUUAUUUUUGGUGAGCUCAUAUUGUUUAUUGUUACACAAGUCUUGAUUGUACAGCUUAUUAUAUGGCAGCAACUUAAUGUGUAACAUAGUAAUAUCUGUAUAGUAAUUUGGACCAUAGAUUAUCUUGAAUAUUAGUUGUAUAUAUAAUAUAAGCCCAUCAUAAUUACAGGGCUUCGGUAACAAGAGCAAGAUGAUGAGACUCCUAAAAUGGAAUUGUUGAGUUGUAUUUGUUGCUUCUUGUCUCUUCCAACCUGCAAUGUUACAUCAUGUCAUGUGCC